GUUCGUGGUGUCGGCACUCCAGGGCCAUUGGGAAAGUCAGCGAGACUCCUCGGAAACCUACGUUGUGCAUGGCCUGGACGUAGUUCGGCACCAGCGACAGCGCAGCGGCGUUCAGCGCAGACCUUUCAGCUUGAGAUGGAACGUGACAAAGCAGUGUCUGGAAUGGGGUAGCGGCAAGUAUUUUCUUCAGCCGCC